ACUGUAGAAUUAAACAAAAAACAUGACAAGAAAUCGUACGACACGGACCGCACAAAAAAAAAGACUCGCUUGUUCACUCCAGUCUCAUCUUUCCCACAGCACAGUCAACACUCUAUUUUAUAAAUCGAUCCAUCAAUGUCAAUCUAUCAAAAUCUCAUGAACUAAUAUAGGUCUAGUAAUAAACGACACAGUACCUUUGACAUUGUUUCCUGGGAUAAUGCACUUCAUUUUGUCUGGAUUUAUUGUUUUUCACAUUCAGCGCCUUGAUAGGUCUCGCGUUAAGAAUAAGAAGAGGCAUUUGAUUGGUCGAUAAUUCUCCUUUAAAGAGUAUUUGUCCAAUCAAGAAAGGCUUUCUUGAUCUUCUAACCUUGCAGCUAGCUGAGUUGAGACUGGGCGUCAACAUUGGUCAUUUUUUCCGGUCAUAUCUCCCGUUCCUGCUGAAAACAUGUUGGUGCUAGUCCUAGGAGAUCUCCAUGUUCCCCAUCGUCAGAGUGGCCUGCCAGCCAAGUUUAAGAAGCUUCUUGUCCCAGGAAAGAUCCAGCACAUCCUAUGCACAGGAAACCUUUGUACCAAGGAGUCUUAUGAUUACCUCAAAACCUUGGCCAGUGAUGUCCAUAUUGUCAAAGGAGACUUUGAUGAGACGGUAUCAUAUCCUGAGCAGAAGGUGGUAACUGUUGGUCAAUUCCGAGUUGGUAUCAGUCAUGGUCAUCAGGUUGUACCUUGGGGUGAUGUGGAGAGCCUCUCAAUGCUACAGCGUCAACUUGAUGUAGACAUCCUUAUUUCAGGGCACACACAUAAAUUUGAGGCGUAUGAGCAUGAAGGGAAAUUCUACAUCAAUCCUGGCUCGGCUACAGGGGCCUACAGUGCUCUAGACUCGAACACUGUCCCUUCAUUUGUGCUGAUGGACAUCCAAUCAUCAACGGUUGUCACAUACGUCUACCAGCUAGUAGGGGAUGAUGUCAAAGUGGAGAGGAUAGAGUACAAAAAGAACUGAAAUAUCUUGCUAAAAAUGAAAGAUGCAUUCCAAAGAUAUAGCGAUGUUCCUUAUUUACCCCUUACCAUCUCGGAUGAAAAGCGAGCAAUUACUUCCCAGUUUCAGACGGAUGUCAAUUUCCAGAUAAAUCAUCAGAGUUAUAUGUGACUGGAUCAGACAAGGCCAGGUUCUUGUACACACAAAAAAAAAAAUUCACUUCAAAAUAAUGAAUAAAAUAUAAACUUUUUCUUAUAUAUUUUUCAUGAUCCAUUUUAAAGGUAUUUCAUUCUUGCCGACAUCUGUUCAGUAACUGCAACUUGAUUAACAGAUUUCAUAAUGUAUCACACAAAUUUACCUGGGUUUGAUAGAUUGGGUCUUGGAAUUGACCGAAGAAGUUGUCCUACCAUCAGUUCAUUCAUUAUUCACUCUCACUGUUGUCAGAAGCAGAUUAUUUGCAUAAUAUAGGUGAAAUUGAGUUGGCACUUCUGUUCACCUACGUAGGGCCAAGAUUUGCUUCAUUAUUAUUGCAUAUUUUAUCAAAUGACAAACAGUUUAAUUGAUUUUAUAGAUAAGACCAACUGGUGCAACAUACAAAGAUCAUGAAGUGAUUGAAACCAUCAGUAAUUGUUAAUUAUCAUACUAGUAGCCUCAAAAAGAGGAAAGACAGGUUUAUUUUAUGUUUAUCUUGAGAUGGUAUUUUAUUUAGAUGGUUAUCAGAUGGCAAGAGCUUGUCACAUUGCCUUGAUUUUAUGUUAAAGUCAGUACACUCUUAGAGGUUUAAACCUGUUCUUGAACUUACCUUUAUGACACUAGGCCAAAAAUAUGAAAUAUUUCAAUCACAACCAACCCCCUAUUUUUUCACAUAUGAUAUGCAUCGUAUUUGUGUUGAUUUUCAAGUAGAAUAUAGAUUCUCAACCAGUAAGGCUCAGUUGUGGAGAAUUAAUAAUAAAGCCUAAUGUUACUUCAUAUCAUGGAAUGAGAAUUUCAGUUUGAACAUUAUUUAUAUAUGUUUUAGUUAAAGAUUAAUGAUUUUAUAUUACUCAUCAGCUGCGAAAGCUUUGAGAGAUUUAAGAAAUAUAUAUUUCUAUGUAUUGUAUAUACAUUAUAUCAAGUCUAUAGCUAAUGUUAAUCUGUGUCUCCUUGGAAAUAGAGAAGAUAUUCAUUGCCGACUUCAUUAUAUUAUAUAUUGUGAAUUUUGACACACGGCUCAAAAUUUUGUAAUUUGUGACAAAGGGAAAAAAUAGUAUUGAUUGAUUCACAUAUUAUAUAAUGAAGGUUCGAUGCUAGCAUGUGAAAAAAAAAAAGAACAAUGUACUUGUCUUCUUUGGAAGUGUUAUUAUAGAAUACUAUAGAGUACUAUAGAAUUCUAGGGGUGUUUCACAAAGAUUUGAAUCUGACUAAGAAUUGCACUUUGAUUCCUAGUUGCAUGAGAUAUAUUCCUACAUUGAUCAGGGUCUUGUUUCACAAAGAAUGGUUAAAAUAACAUGCACAAUUUCUAUAUCAAGUUUACCAAUCACAUUGGAUGAUCUCAGUAGCUUUCAACUGUUAUUGCAUAUUUGUCAUUCUAACAAGUUUUUAUGAAACAGGCCCCAGAUCACUAUUAUGGGACACACUCUGCCAAUUGUUUGAGAUUAUGCAUUGAAUAUUGUGUAUGCACUUGAGUGAGACUCGUCUGUUUGCUGCCCUGGCAAAAUGAAGGGUACAGAAGUUUUAUCUUUUUAUUGGUAAAAAAAAAUCAUCCAAUGGUAGUAUUUGUCGAUUGUUACCAAAAUUUCUGAAGCAGUGCUGCUUUCCAAUGAUGUUGUAAAUGUAUAGAGAUAAUAAAUAAUAGAAUUAUGGAUUAGGAGAGAUUGGAUCAUUAUAAAUUAUUUGAAAUAAAUUGUUAUUGUUCAUGAACCAGUGCUUCUAUUUGCAAUAUGUAACAUCCAUUGAAUAGCUGAGUUCUGAACUACUCAAACAGUACCUGGACCCUUACCAAGAAUACUUCAUAUUGAUCAUGUAAUCUUAUUUACCCAGUAGAAUUUGGCAACUUGACUCAUUACGACAUUCAAACCACAAAAAUAUUGCUGAGGAACAAAGAUAUUUCCUUCAAAAUAUUCUCAUUCAUCAUAAUACUAAACUUCACAAUAUUGUUUUAUGAAAUGGUUUAUGUAUCAGGACUAGUCUCUAGCACCAGUGGGGUCUGUUAGAAGAGCCCACUAUGCAGCAGAUCUCAUAGGAUGGCGCAUUCGCCCCUGUUUAAGCCCUUUGAUGGAAAGAAUUUUCUCUGACUUUUUAUCCCAUACCUUGUGUGCAGAGAAAUUAAGUUUACAAGCAAUAUUUAUUGUUUCAUAUGGAAAGAGUGUUGUUGCCAAUGUUAUACUAGUCACAUAUUGACCAGUGAUAUUUACUUAGAAUAUUUUGUUUAAUUCAUACUCUCCCAGAGCUGAAGAUGUUCAGAUAGUACAAUCCAUAUCUUAUUUACAAGUUGAUACAUGCAACCUGUUUGUUGGGUGCAAACCAGUAUUUUACCACUUACGUUGAGGGGAAUUGGGCAAAUAGUAAUCAUUUUAGUGAGAGUUAUGAAAAUUUGUUCAUAAUUAGAAGUAAUAAAGUGUACAUAUAUUA